GAUUGAUUCAAUGUUUAUUCGCCUGUUAUCGUUACCGCUUCCCGAUGAAACAGGCAGAAGGAUUUAAUUUUGAAGGUUUGGACCGGAAGUGUCAAUCGUGAUUAAAGCUAGUUUGACAUUGUGUUGACUUCUGGAGCCCAACAAGACUUUCUGUCCUAUCGCUCAGUCACUGGCAUUCAUAUCUGUCCUCUGGACAUCACGACGUCUGGACUUGGCUGACUCGAAAGCACAGCUAUGUGCAGCUGUGUGCGGAGCUCCAGGGCUCUGUCCCCCGUCCUGCUCCCCAGGCUGAUGCUUCCUCCGACGGGGUACCGACUGGCCGCCAGGGGACUCUCGACCUCCCCGCACUGUCUGGCCGUCGGUGCGGACACCCAGCCGCUCCCGCUGCCCGGCCAGGCCCGCGUGGUGAUCUGCGGAGGAGGCAUUGUGGGGUCAUCAGUAGCCUUCCACCUUGCCAAACUGGGCUGGACCGAUAUAGUGCUGCUGGAGCAGGGCAGGCUUGGUGCAGGAACCACCAGACUGUGUGCAGGCAUUGUCAGCGUGGCCAAGCCUAUUUCCAUCGAGUGUCAAAUGGCAAACUACUCCAAUAAUCUUUAUAAGCACCUGGAGGAGGAGACUGGAGUCAAAACAGGUUAUGUGAAGACGGGGUCUCUUUGUCUGGCCCAAAAUCAAGAUCGCUUCCUCUCGCUGAAGCGCCUGGCAUCCCGACUAAAGGUAAUGGGGAUCAGCUGUAACAUCAUUAAGCCUAAAGAGGUGGCCAAACUCCACCCUCUUGUUAACAUUCAUGACCUGGUGGGGGCACUCCACCUCCCUGCAGACUCUGUGGUGUCUUCGCCUGAUGUUAACCACGCCCUGGCUGUGGCUGCUGCUGGACAUGGGGUUCAGAUCCUGGAUAGAACCACGGUUCAGCAGGUGCUGGUGGAGAAGGGUCAAGUGACGGCGGUGCAGACUGACCGUGGCUCUAUCGAGUGUGAAUAUUUUGUCAACUGUGCUGGACAGUGGGCUUACGAGCUGGGCCAGGCAAGUGAGGCGAAGGUGUCGAUUCCUCUUCAUGGCUGUGAACACUUCUACCUCCUCACUAAACCUCUGCAGGAGCCACUUUCACCCGGCACGCCAGUUGUAAUCGAUAUGGACGGCAGGAUAUAUGCGCGGCCAUGGCAGGGCGGCCUUCUGUCGGGGGGCUUUGAGAAGAACCCCAAACCCAUCUUCACUGAGGGCCGCAACCAGCUGGAGAUCCAGAACAUGCAGGAGGACUGGGACCACUUCGAGCCGAUGCUCAGUGCCUUGCUGAGGAGAAUGCCGAGUCUUGAAUCGGCUGAGAUCCAUCAGCUGGUCAACUGUCCGGAGUCCUUCACCCCUGACAUGCGCUGCCUGAUGGGGGAGAUGCCGGCUGUCUCUGGCUACUACGUGCUGGCAGGGAUGAACUCCUCUGGCCUGGCCUUCGCUGGAGGAGCUGGCAAGUACCUGGCAGAGUGGAUGACCUACGGCUACCCCACCGCCAAUGUCUGGCCCCUGGACAUCAAGCGCUUCGGCAACCUGCAGAGCAGCCGAACCUUCCUGCGACACAGAGUCAUGGAGGUCAUGCCCCUGCUGUACGAACUCAAGGUUCCGCGCUGGGACUUUCAGACUGGCCGUCAGCUGCGGACCAGCCCUCUGUAUGACCGACUGGACACCCAGGGAGCUCGCUGGAUGGAGAAACAUGGUUUUGAGAGGCCCAAAUACUUUGUUCCUCAUGGUAAAGAUUUGCUGUCUCUGGACCAGAGUAAGACUUUCUACAAGCCGGACUGGUUUGACAUUGUUGGAGCAGAAGUGAAAUGCUGCAAAGAGGCUGUCUGUGUCAUCGACAUGUCCUCCUUCACCAAGUUCGAGCUGACUUCGAUGAAUAGCCAGGCGCUGGACCUGCUGCAACAUCUGUGUGCCAACGACCUGGACGUCCCCGUUGGACAUAUCGUCCACACCGGCAUGCUCAAUGAGAGAGGAGGCUACGAGAACGACUGCAGCGUUGUCCGCAUCAGCAAGAACAACUUCUUCAUCGUCUCUCCGACAGACCAGCAGGUCCACUGUUGGUCCUGGAUCAAGAAACACAUGCCCAGCGACCCACACCUCCACUUAGAGGACGUCAGCUGGAAGUACACUGCUUUAAAUCUGAUUGGACCUCGUGCCAUGGAUGUUCUGGCUGAGCUGUCCUAUGUUUCCAUGACACCGGACCAUUUCCCCUCCAUGUUCUGUAAGGAGAUGAGCGUUGGCUAUGCCAACGGGAUCCGAGUGAUGAGUAUGACUCACACUGGAGAGCCAGGGUUCAUGCUCUACAUACCUAUAGAGUAUGCGCUGCACGUGUACAACGAGGUGAUGUCGGUGGGUCAGAAGUAUGGGAUCCGCAACGCAGGUUACUACGCGCUGCGCAGCCUGCGCAUUGAGAAGUUCUUUGCCUUCUGGGGUCAGGACCUCGACGCCUUCACCACCCCGCUGCAGUGUGGACGAGAGUUCAGGGUUAAAUUUGACAAGGACACAGAUUUCCUUGGUCGCGAGGCGCUGCUGCAGCAGCGUCAGGACGGUGUGUCCCGGCGAUUCGUCAUGCUGGUUCUCGAGGACCACGACACCGAGCUGGACCUGUGGCCGUGGUGGGGCGAGCCCAUCUACCGCAAUGGCCUGCUGGCCGGGACGACCACCAGCAGCGCCUACAGCUACACCCUGGAGCGCCACGUCUGCCUCGGCUUCGUGUCGCCGCCUCCGGGCCCGGAGGGGCUCCCCACGCCCAUCACCCCGGACUUCAUCAACCGCGGGGACUACGAGGUGGACAUCGCCGGCCAGCGCUACCCAGCCAAAGCCAAACUCUACCCCUUCAGCUCGCUCUUCACACAACAAAAACGCCGCAAAGAGGACAUGGAGUUCAGCAACCUCCAGGGGAAGUGAUGCAAAGUAAUGGAAGGCCUCGCUGUAUCUUCAGCAGGCGCCUCUGCGACACUCCUCCUGUCCUUCGAUCCACUCCUACACUCACCCCGCAGUGCCAACCGGCAGCCCCUUUCACGUCUCGUAAUCCGAGGGCUGUAUGCACAAUCACUCCUCGUCUUUCUAGUAUCUAACUUCCAUGCUGCGUUUCCCUAUUUAUUUAUCUUCAGAAGUGCAAUAUUUAAGAGGCACCAAAUGUUUGAGCCGAUUUUGAAACGCAGCAACGCAACAGCACUCGUGUCUUGUUGUCCCGCCCCCGCCCGGCCUCACGCCAGCACAGCCUGCGCCGGUCAAGUGCCUUUGUCAAGGCAGCAUCAACAAUAUUUGUUGAGGACACUUUGAUUCACUUGCACCCAUCGAGCGGGAACUUAAGACAGAAAACAGCAUCCAGCAGCGUUGCAGCCACUGUGACGUUCCCACGCGACGCAGUCUGGCCGAGUGAAGGAGAAAUGCCGUUCGAUGCUGACGUGCGAACGCCUCCAGUCAAUGCAGUUGUUUGACUCAAUUGUCCGUUCACGAGUUGUAAAUCUGCUGCUGUAAAGAAUGUGAGUAAUGAGUUGUAGAGUGAUGUGGCCCAAUUCAGAUGCUUCAUCCUUUCCAUUAGUCAGGGGAAAGGAUCAGGCAGCCUGAUCAACUCGGUAGAUCACCAAUAUUUACUCCUCUUAAAACGUCCCCUUCAAGCCUCAAAGCAAAAUGAGCUCUUUUUUUUUUUUUUCUUCUUCUGACUUCUCACCUUCCAGCUGUCAUUCUGUGUCGAGCUUGUGGUUACGGUAUUCACCGCAAUAUAAUCCGUUAUUUAUGUUUUGUGGUCGUUUCCCCGAAAGCGGCGCUGCUCUCGACGCUCAACAUGUCGGGUGAUCCGCAGAUGAGGGGACGCUGCGACUGGAGCUGUGAAGCCCAGACGUGUUGGUUUGAGUCCACAAUAUCUUACAUUAGUGAUUUGAUUGUUGUUUUUGUUGCUAGAUCCAGAGUUACGAUGUUUGUGUAAAGGAAAGAUUUCAGUGCGAUUUUUAAAAUAAAAAAAAUGUAUUUUUGUAUAGCUAGUGUAUAAAAUCUCUAUUUUCAGUACUGCACCUUUUUUUUGUUGUUUUCUUCUCAGUCAAUCAGCUUUAAGUCAUAUCGGCAGUAUGAAUCAUCUGCACUACGUCACUUGUUUGCUUCCUGCAGUUGUCCCCGUUAUCGAGCCUCGUUUCAAAUGAUUUCCAGAAGUGUCCUGUGCUUGGAAAUGUCAUUCGUCAGCCAAAGCGAAGGACAUUUCUUUCGCCCCCUUCGCAGGCCAGAGGUCAGGGAGAGCUCCAGAUCAGCCAUCAGCCGUCCCUUCAGCAGCAGUGUUCGACUAAAUUGUAUUUCCCAGCGUUGGGUAAUAAGGUGUGCUAAACGGAGGGACAGGGAACCCACCGGACUGCACCACUUAAAUCAUGUUGGGGUCUGAAAAGGAAGGAGUGUUGCUGUUUCUCUUAGUUUGAAUAUUGCUGAAGAACAGACGCCGAGUUGACAAAAACAACAUCUCCAGCUAACAUCUCAGGCUUUUUCCACUACAAGCGGCGUACUACUUUAGGAUGAAACUGAUGUAUAAUAUUAGUUUCUGAACUUUGAAGGGCUAAUUUUGCUUAUUGUCUGUAACAAAAGCGUCAAUAUUAAAAGAAGUGGUCUUUGUGUCCGUAGUCUGGAUUCACCGUGGUGCUGGAAGCAGCAACAGUUCCUCAUCAGUGGGACUCGGCUUUGACUUUUUGGGGUCUUUUAACUCAUCACUUAACAGUUUUCUCAUCUCAGUUGUUUAAAUCGACCCCAUUGAAGCUAUCAGUGUCCAUUUAACUGCAGGAGCUUGUGAUGAAUGGAUGGUCCCCUUUCAGUUUGCAGGUGUCUGAAACGCAUUGCUGCAAAAAUCACUUAAGACAUCAGUUGUUUGCUUUUUUUUUUUUAAACUCCUGAAUGUAUGAUUGAAGGGAAAAGGGCCCCAAGCAUUUGCACUAAAGAGCAUCGUGCUUUUCUUUUGUUACUGUAUGUCGUCACAGGAUUUCUAUGGUAUUCUAAGUUUAAGAGUUUUCUUGUCUUUCGAAAGGUAAAUGAUAAAUAAGACACUAUAGCACACGGUGCAAAGAGCGCUACAGCUGAAUAUCAAGAAAAACAACACCGCGGUGAACGUUACAAAUUGAAUGUCAGUGGCGGUCUGGAGAGUGCGUUAAGAAGCCCAUUGGAACGAUCGCCACUCUGAGUCGGUCGUGUUGAAGCGGGGACACUCGCCACUGUACGGGUUCGUGCAUGUUUGACCCACUUCUGUUUCCAGUCGUACUCGUCCUGUAAACGCCAGCGUUUGUCAGAGCUUUACUAUAAUGUAUUUAUAAUCUUGUUCAAACAGGUGUUUUGGCUGUAUCUUUGAGUGGAACAUAAAGAACUUUUGUUUGAA